GAUCAUCUUUCUAUCAAGCUCACAUACGAAACGGCACUUCAAGCUGAGCUCCUCCAGAUCCCACGAGCUCAGCAUUGCGUCAUUGCCCAUCAUGCCUCCACGGGCCCAGACCAACACCCUCACCUCCAACCCCCUCGACGACAUCUGCCCGGUGUGCAAGUCGAACCGCUACCUCAACCCGUCCCUCACCUUCCUCAUAAACUCAGAAUGCUACCAUACGAUGUGCACAUCCUGCGUGGACCGGCUCUUCACAUCCGGUCCCGCGCCCUGCCCUGUCGCCGGUUGCCACAAGACGCUGCGCAAGCGAGGCUUUCACACAGCCUUUUUUGCAGACUUGAACAUCGAGCGUGAAGUCGACGUGCGGAAGCGCGUGGCUGCGGUCUUCAAUAGGCGCCAAGACGAUUUCGAAACGCUGCAUGAUUGGAAUAAUUAUCUUGAGAGCGUGGAGGACUUGGUAUUUAAGAUUGUGGAGGGGACGCCAGCUAUGAAGAAGGAUGCUGAAGAGGCGCUGAAGAAAUAUGCGGAGAUGAACCGUAUGGAGAUCGAGGCCAACUUAGAGGCUGAGAAGGAGGAGGAAGAGAUGGGACGGAGAGCACAGGCGAUAGCUGAUGAGAGGGCAAGGAAGAGGCGAGAGAUGGGGAAGAAGAAGGAAGAGGCGGACCGAAGGGAUUUGGAGAGAACGAAGCGCAAUGUUAUUGAGACGCUGGCGAGGUCGGAGGGCAAUGCCGACGAAAUUACCAGGAAAGCUGAGAGGUUAAUCUUGGAGAAGACGGAGAAGAUGAAACGAGAUCAGGUAGAGGAUCUAGAAGGUCCCAAGAUGGCGAUCAGGGGCUUGAAGAAGAGGAAGGCUGUGGAGGUAGAGAAGCCAUAUGAUCCAUUUGGAGAUUUGGACUUGACGCCGACGAGAUACGUGCUGCAGACGCGGUACAAGAACGAUUGGCUGAAACAGGCGGAGAACGACCCAAGGCAUAUGGUUGGAGGUUAUAGCUUUCAAGAGUACUAUGCCCGAACGAUGUUCGAGGCUUUCUCCGGGUUGGGUGUUUUCAUCGAGGAUGAGCUGCAAAAUACCACUGCGAGUGGUGCUCCUCUUGCUGCAAUUGCUGCUACGGCCAGGAGCGGGGACAAAACGAUGGAGGAUGUCUUCUAGUAUGUGGUUCAUUACUUGAGCUUAUUGGCGUUCGCAUAGCGUUUGGAAAUGGAUGGCGACAGCAUUGUCACGGAGUUUGGUUUCAUACAUUUGAAUAUACCAGGGCAGUAAAAAGAUAUGGGACAUCGUAGAACAUAGAAUAUGGUCGCACAAGCAAGCAAUAAUUAUGGUCACGUCUUCUCUGCUACAUUUAAUGUUGGGACUAAAUUGUCGUGAUCUCGUUGUAGGAUUAUCGUACUUCAUAUAAACACCG